AUGGCUCACAAAAUUACCAAAAAAGAAGAAACCGAAUUCAAAGUUCCUGAAACCAUCACACCAUGCAUCAACCCUCCAACAACAACUACAGCCACAACCACCGCCAUAGCCACGGUAGCAGAACCGUCUAGAUUUUUUGAAGACAACUCCACAGCCAGAUCCGCCACGUCAUCACGUUCUCCGAAAAGAUCUCAUCCUAGCGACGAUGAUUUAAAAGUCCAGCCCCAAACGACGUCGUCAGAAGCUAAACGAUCUGUUAACCGUUGCUCCGGUUGUCGAAAGAGAGUCGGUCUCACCGGAUUCCGUUGCCGCUGCGGUGAUCUUUUCUGCUCCGAGCACCGUUACUCCGAUCGUCAUGAUUGUUCCUACGAUUACAAAGCGGCCGGACGGGAAACUAUUGCCAGAGAAAAUCCUGUUGUGAGAGCAGCAAAAAUCGUUAAGCUCUGA